AUGUGCACCCACUGGACCUGCAAAUACACACUGUGCGGCUGUAUAUGGGACCUGGACCCAUCAAAAUGCCCAGAGAAGCGCCUCUGCUGGGGUCCAAGAAUGAUAACACUCGAAUCCCACAUAGCAACAUGCGCAGACUGUUGGGCGAGAGGGGACAAGCGCGUCUACGACCCACAAACAUAUGACGAAGCUAACAGAGACGGAGAAGCAUCCAAAACGGCGACAUUUGAUUGCGAAAGCGACGCAGAGGGGGGUGACAAUAGUUCCGACGACGACGAGGACUAUUUUUCAGCUGAAGAGUUUCUGCCACCAUCUCCAUACUCGCGACCCGCCACCCCGCAACUAUACUAUGAGGUACAUUCGGAAUUGUGUCCCGUGUCUGAGGAUAACGAGUUCGAUUUGACCAGGACCUGUGACCCGGUGGAUCCUGUGUCGAUGGGGAGGGACUAUCGAGCAAGACGCCACAAAACGACCGCGUCCCAGUACUCGUCGGAUGGUACGGAUUCUUUUGUUUCUUGUGAAGAGUAUCUCGAUGAAGAAACCCCCGAAGAGGAAGAUUUCGGUUCUGGGAAUGAAGAAGAUGAUGUCUACUAUAGCAUUGUGGGUCCCACUGUUAGGCCCAAAGGUCUGAUCAAAAGCUUGGAGGACAGAUCGUUGCGGUUAUAUGGCUCAGUACAGGAGUACUACCCAACAGAAGAGUAG